AUGUCUGAUUCGGAUUUUUGUAUUGUGUGUGAUAAGGUAGUGAGGCCGCUGCAACAGGCCAUCACCUGCGAUGAAUGUGACAGAUUGCAGCACCGAGUCUGCGUUACAGAGCAACACAGCGAAUGGAUUAGGACUGAAGGUUGCGUUCGAGUGACGAACUGGACACAGGAGUUCAACCUGACCAACAACUGCCCUACAGCUUGUUUUCGAGCAUGUGGAUCCGCUGUGGCCUCUGUGGCCCUGCAGAAUGACUCAUGUCGGUGCAAUGUGUCAUCGAAGGCUGUCCUACAGAUGAACCCAGUAGUCUGUACUGGGGAUGUCCUCGCCCAUUGUGGCUGUGUGUACAAUAAUUCUGCAUCCGGUGUUCGUCGUUAUUGGUCUCUGCACCAUGUUGGUAUAUUAGAUGAUGAUCAUCUACCAAGUGGACUAAGGGCAGGUUCUCUCGCAAACAAAGGCUGUGUUUCUGUGACACUGGAACCCAGGAAGCCACCUUCCUACCAUCUGGAUAAAUGUAGUGAACAGCACCAGACCUUAUGUUAUGAACACACAUCUGGGGAAUGUUUUGCAGACAUAUUGUUAGCAUCGUGGGUUGAACGCACUUGCCACUCGUUAGUGAGCAUACCGAUUGGAGAUAUUACCCGCGUGAAUACGUGCACAGAAUUAAAUCUUAGAGGAACGUUCUGGAUGGGCCUCUCACUCCUUCUGAUGAACGACCCAGUGUACGCACCAGCUUUGCCAAUAGGGAUGCAUUCAAGUAUUGGUGAGCUGAAAGCAAGUUUUAACUUCAACAUACAAAGUGACAUUUACACAACAAUGACAAUUGAAACGAGUGAAUAUCAAACAACAGUUGUAAGAGUUACAUCUACGGAGGCAAACAUCAAAAGCAAUGAGCCUCGGACUUCCUACUCUAGUCAGUCAAUCGAUUCAAUUGAAACUGAAAUAAAGUUUUUGUCAGAGAUGGUGCAUGAUAUGUCAAAGACGGUGCAUAUUAUGACAGAUAAAUUGCCCCAUUUGUCAGAGAUGGUGCCUGAUUUGUCAGAGAUGGUGCCUUAUAUGUCAGAGAAUGUCACUGGUCUGUCAGAGAAGGUCCCUGGUAUGUCAGAGAAGGUCCCUGGUAUGUCAGAGAUGGUCCCUGGUAUGUCAGAGAAGGUCCCUGGUAUGUCAGAGAUGGUCCCUGGUAUGUCAGAGAAGGUCCCUGGUAUGUCAGAGAUGGUCCCUGGUAUGUCAGAGAUGGGCACUGGUAUGUCAGAGAAGGUCCCUGGUAUGUCAGAGAUGGUCCCUGGUAUGUCAGAGAUGGUGCCUGAUAUGUCAGAGUUGGUCCCUGGUAUGUCAAAGUCGGUACACAGCGUUACUUCACGUAAUCAUCAUAAUUUUCACGAAUCUUCUUUGAUAUCACCUACUACCAGCUCUCAUGUUGUGACCGAACGUUCAGAUAUAUUCGACUCAAGCCAAACAUUCAACCGCGAAACGGCUGGCUCAGAGAUACCAAAGGCGGAUGCUUUGCAUGGAAAUACAAACUCCGGUCUACAACAACUUGUUAUCGCUAUUUGCGUGCUCACAUCUCUUUUGGUCCUGGUAGCCAUCGUUGGUAUGGUAUGUCUGCUCAGGAAAUUGUCUGAAAUACACAAGGAUAUGAUCACACUCUCCAAGAGCCGACGCUUUAACAACACAUUAACCGCUGCGGAAGAUCAAGCGAACGAAUCUGUGACGAAUGCUCGGACACGCCGUGCCCGAUAUGUCCGGAACUUGGAUGAUAUUUCGCCGGAAGGCAUUCAGGACGGUAGAAAUGGUGACGCUUAUCACUUUGAACACACGCGGGAUCAGCAAUUGAACGAGUAUGGUCCCCAGAUGGAUUACUUCCACUCUCAAAAUGACCCUCAACAUUCACGUUACAGUCCUGAACCAUGGCCACAGUUUUCCAGAACUCACAGAGCUAACACUAGAUCGUACGGCGAUCAUUCGCAGUAUAUGUACUCGGGGGGACGGGAUUAUAACUACGGGUAUAGAAGUAACCAAGCCAAUCACAACCCUCUCUACAACCAAGACAAGAUCAAGGAAUGGUAAAGGGAGGAUAACUAAAACGAUGCAGCGCUAGAAUAUCUUUAGUACUUUCCAAGAUAUGAACCGGACAAACUCAAAUUUACAAAAACUAUCAGAUAAGGGUAGUUUUAG